AUGGACGCACUGAGGGAAUUUGCCGGCAUCGUCAAGCAGCUCGAUCGAAGUGCCACGCUUCAGCAGUACAUUGUGGACCACAUGCAACCAGACAUCACACAUCGCCACUCGAAGGCGCUCUUCCUCGUCGAAUGGCAUUGGAAAUGGCACCUGGAGCGCAUGGAGCUCGCCAAAGCCGAGCCCGACGACUACCUGAACAUGACGUCCGACUCAAUACGAUGUCUCUACGAACACAACAUCACAGUGUACGACGUGGAAGUGAUGAAAGAAUUUGUCGCGUCGUGCUUUGUCCAGCCAGAUCUGUCGCGCAUGGUCCUCCAGAUAAAGAUACCGACCAAGCACCGCCAUCGCUUCGUUGACGCCACAGCCGGACGGGCGCUGUAUAAACUCGAUGUAGUGCGCAACGUGAUCGUGGCGGCACUCAACCACCAGCGCGCUUUCGGGGUCGAUUUGACGGUUGUCGGGUACGAAAUGCUCGUGGCUGCGCUGAACCUGCUCUUGCAAGGAUGCCUCGAUCGCGGUGACACCAAAUGCGCCAAGAGUGUCAUGAACAUGGCCCAGACGUUCUACUGCAUCCACAAGCAAACCAAGCACUACCUCUUGACCAACCUCGUCAUGCAUCCAAUGUGGCAGACCGCGCACUUUUGGGGCGAUGCCGUCCUUCUCAGCAUCGGCGAAGAGUUGAGUCGCCAUCCGAUGGAUACGCCGUGGCAAUGCCUGUCGGCACCGGCCCGUGCCGCGUUGGUCGUGACGGUGCACAACGUUGUCUUUGGCCAGCUCACCACGUUCGUGUACAACAUGGCAGCGUUUCGUCUGUCACGGCGGCAGAUUCGUCAGUUUGUCCAGAACGUCGCGUUCUCGUUCGAGCUGAGCGAAGACCAGCGCAUGGCGUUGCUGGCCGCAGUUGCAUCGCUGUCCAUGGACGAGUCGAAGGACGACGAGGAGCGUGCGAUCCUCGGCGGCGAUGCUUCGUUGUUCACGACGGCCAUCUUUCCCGAGUGGCGCAAAACCGCGCCUCCGAAAGACUCUUCCAUGCAUGUGCUCGUGGGCCAAGGCCUAUCGCGAAUCAAGGGCAUCUUUGAUCGCGACCUCGACAAAGCGUCGUCGCAAGUGCUGCUGGCAAAUGCACAGAAAGCCAAGAACGACCAGUGGAACGACUUAUUUGGAGAGGUCGGGCCUCUGCCGCCGCACCCAGCGCAAGCGCCCAAGGCAAAUGCAGACGGCGGUGCAUCCGCGGCAACUACGACGACACAGGUGCCCGAGCUACCGCGAAAAUCAACGGGGCCUGCGCCGCUUCGAUCGUCGCAGUCUGCAGUGAUGGACUCGCAGACGUCUGGUCGACAUGGAAACGACGAGUCCAAAGGCCUCCGACGCCGACCAAAGAGCAAUAGUGCGAUCAGCGACUUCAUUCCACCCUUGCCGACAGACGCUCCCCCACCGUCGCUGCUGUCAAUCGCAUCUCCGCAUGGUGCAUCAGGGAAGAAGCCCCGUCCACACAGCAGCAACAGCGUCGUGUUGGCCGAGGCCGCGUUCGAUUCAAGUAGUCAGCGAAGUCGUAGCACAAGCAGGAAUCGGACGGGAGAUUCGGACGACGAUGCUGGUUCCUACCAGCGAUCGAGGCGGCAUCGACUGAGGCAAAGCGAUGCCACGGGCGUGGCGGCCCUCCGCGCCCGAUUCGAGCGCAUGGAGUCGAUGUGAUGACAGCUCAUGAUUCAAAUAACAACGACGUGUCGAAUGGAGA